UGUUUGCGGUAGGGGCCGGACGUAGUCAUGUGAUUUGCUGUUCUGUUUAGGGGCGGGGUUUAUUCAGAGUUGUACAUGUAUUGUGUUUGCUGCACCUUUUUGUUUUCUGCUGUGUAAACCGGAAGUUUGCAGUUUGAAACUACGCGCUUUUUGCUACAGCAAUAAUGGCUUUGUGUGGAGGGCUCUCCGAGGUCAGAGACGCCACUGCUGAGGUGCAGAACAUCUGUAAUGAGAUGAAGCCUCAUGCAGAACAGAAAGCAGGAAGAACGUUUGACGUCUUCACUGCUAAAUCCUUCAAGACACAGGUGGUAGCUGGGACGAACUAUUUCAUCAAGGUCCAUGUGGGUGGCAAGGACUUUGUUCACCUGCGUGUCUAUAAGAUGCUGCCUUACGCUGGAGAAAAACUGGAACUUACUGAAAUUCAGACAGCCAAAGCCCAGCAGGACCCCAUCGAAUACUUCUGAACAUAUUCUCCAUUAAGAAAGACACCAUAGACACUGUACUAACACUCUGUGUGAAUUUGUAUUACAUAUGGAAUGUCACAGGGUUAACCCUGGGUGUCGUUAAUCACAACAUCUUUGUUCUGUUUUCAUUUCUGAACUGAAAAAACGAGAUACUUCUUCAUUUAAUAAAAAGACCGUGAUAAAUAGCAGUCA